UCUCUCCCUCCAGAUCCGCACAUUAAGGUUUGUGGAAAGAGAGACAACGUGAGGGAAGCCAAAGACCGAAUCAUGUCAGUCCUCGACACAAAGGUGCGUAUGAAUGAUGGAAAGGUGUUUGUUUUGUUCUCAUGGCAACACCAACACUGACAUCCCUAAAUGAUCAACUAGAGGAUGGUAGUCAAAGAUGUAUCCAGUGAGUGUCUCUGGCUGUUAUUUCAUGUUCUUGGAAACCUUGGUUUACUACCUAAUUGGUUCCUUUUUAAUUUGAGUGGCUUGGUAACACACUGAGAAAUGGAGUGAUGGAGGCAAAGAGAGAUGGAUGGAGAGUAAGGGGCCCCGUGGAUCUCACUGAGGUGGCAGGGGUCCACCAUUUUAGAAAAUAACUCCCUUCCACAUCUCUUUCCCAGUCCAUUUUCCCUCUCUCUCACACCUUAUUUGGCUCACUCACUCCAUCUCCAACAGAGUUCAAAUGACAGGCUGCUCUCUCAGACGUGUGAUAUGAAUUGCCACCAAGAUGGCCAGUGCUUCCUUUCCUGAGUGUGUAUUGGCUUGGCAUGGUGCAUGUCCUGUCUCUAUGGCAACAAACAUCACAUCCCAAAAUGGGCACGCCAUAGCACCCCCUGUGGGCAGGUUUUAUCCUAACAAUCUAAACAAGUAUUUUCUCAGCACACGGUCAACACGGUUGCCUACAUAUUGCACCCCAAUGAGUUCAACAUUAAACAACCAUGAUUAGUCAGCAUUUUAUAUCAAUGGAUUUGUCUAAUUAAACUUUUUGAAACAUUUUAACAACAAGAACAUACUUUUAGGCUCAUCUGCUUUAGCUCUGUGUAAUUAGCCAUCUGAAAGGGUUUAUGUUUGAUAUGAUUGGUUAUAUUCCUCAUGCCUCUCUAAGUGGAGCUUCUCAUGGUGGACCCAUCUGCCUGGCAGUGGUGUCGGACCAGAGCCAAGGUGUUGGAUGAAGAGAUGCAUCCUAUUUUUCUUUGGCUUAUUAGCCGAGGAGCAUUCACAAUAUUGCCAUGGUUUACAGUCUUAUAUGUUGGUACAGAAUGUAAUAUUUAUGCAUGUUAGAUUUCUAUCAUAUCAUUCACUAAGUAUUAUUAAGUACAUUGUAUGGCAGGCCAUGCUUAAGAAGAGUGUCUCCCCCUCCUUCCUCUCCUCCAGCAGACUAACAGGGUAACCCUUAAGAUGGACGUGUCCCACACAGAGCACUCCCACGUCAUCGGCAAGGGAGGCAACAACAUUAAGAAGGUAAUGGAGGACACGGGCUGCCACAUCCACUUCCCCGACUCCAACCGCAACAACCAGGCGGAGAAGAGCAACCAGGUAUGGAGAGAUACACCACUGUACAUGUACAAUUAACAAUGUAUACUGGAUCUGAUAGACUGAAUACUAGUUAAUGUGCUACGCCAUCAUCAACCACAUUUGUGUGGGACUAUCAGAGGUUCUCUGUUUGCACAGGCUUUAUUCACCUUUAUUUACAAUUUUAACCACAUAUGGAACUGGUAUGUCCUCAUUUGAGUAUGUUCCAUUUGUUAGUUGCUAGAGUGGCUUUAAAUGGCCAUGUUGCAGAGAGCUUCUGUAAUUGGCUGUUUUGAUUGGCUGUGCCGUAGGAAGCCAGUGUGUUUGGGCUGGAUUGGAUAGACGAGCAGUUGGAAGCGGCUGUAAUUUCCAUUUACAUACACCUCUGGAGGAGGCAAGCUGCCAAUCUCUUUGCAUGUGCCAUGCAAUCACACAUACAUAACUUUGCAAGCUAUCCCUUACCUUAAACACCUUGUACCUCAAACCCAGUGUGUGUGCAUGCGUGUGUGUGAGGAGGAGGUGCUGACCCGAACCAGAUGUACUUUACAUUUUUGGGGUACCAGCUGGUCUCAAACACUGAGGCUUAAUUUGUUCAGAAGUGCUGAUUAAAGUUGGCAGAAGUUAUGGUUCUUUGGGUCAAAGCUAGCCUUACUCCAUUAUGGUGAGUUACCGAUGAAAAGCUUGAAAAGGAAGAGAAGGAGGACAGAGAUUACUGCUCCGCUGGCAGGAUAUCUAAUGAAGGCAUUUAUCUCUUUUUUAGAUUCCUGUCGCAAUUAUUUUAAUCGCAGGCACACAUUCAGGAUGUAAAGUGUUGAAAGGCAAUUUCAGAAAUUAAGGGUUGGGGUUUUUAAAUAUGGUAAACCACCAAACCAUCUUUCUCUGUAUGAUGUUAUUCUGAUUGAGUUUUGAUGAAAAACAUAACAUAAGCCAUGGAAAUUAGAAUGAUCGGACCAAAUGGAAAUACGAGAGAAGAGCUUUGGCUCUAAACUCUAAACCCCCCCCCCACCCCCCAAGUCUCUUUUUUCACUUCUGUCUCUCCAUCUGAACAGGUGUCCAUUGCAGGCCAGCCAGGAGGGGUAGAGGCAGCUCGCGCCAAAAUCAGGGUAAGUUGGAUGUAAUUUCUAUGGAGGUCUCUGAGGUCUGAACUAUAGAACUCGGAACAGGCUGUUAUUGUAAGCCUGUGUCACUACAGUCAUCCUUUAGUUGUCCUAUAACUGCAUGUGAUAGCUGUGGAACCUGUGAACUCAGAGGUAAUGCUCUGGCCGUAGCCCAUGUGGCAGAGAGGAAACAGUUCAAACCCAGCACACAGUGCGUCUGGCCUGGUAGAGUGUGCUCGACUCACCCAGAUUCAGCUCCAGCUCAGAGGAUGGUGGGCCAUUCCGCUCUUGUCAGCCUCUGCUGUCCAGACCUUCCUUGUGUUUCGCCGCCAUCACAAUUCUUCACACGCAUGUGCUUCCUUUCCAAGUGGACCAAGACAAAUAAGCUCAAUGAGAGAGAGGAGAGUAAGAGGGAGAGCGAGUAUAGCGCAAGAGUGCGAGCACACGUGAUUGUGUUUUUACAGGCAACAGGGAGCAACCCAGUUCAUGCAAUUCCUUGAUAAAAAGUUUACUAAUUGAAUUUCAAAGUAGCGUUUGAGCGUACCUUUGUUGAAGGAAGGGGUUUAUAAGAUAAGCUCUAAUAGCCACAUGAAUCCUCUCCUCCCAAAGUCAAACACCUAGCAGCCAUACUCCACUAGUCCACCCAAUCACUCAGCAACCCUCCAUCCAAACAGCAGCCCAGCUGCUGCCCACUACCCAAACCUGUACACUGUUCUUACUCAUACCACUUAGUACAACUACUCACACCUGUACCCUUUGGCCUAUUGCCUUCACACUGCCCAACCAUAUGACAUCUGUACAGCCACCCCACAUACAGUAUUAACACCUGCCCAGCUACCCUCAUUCCAAACGUCCAACAGCCCUCCACCCCUUCACCCAAAUUAAAGCCCUACUUUGCUUUGCACUGAUAUCCAUUUCUUUUUAUUUUUAUUUAACCAGGUAAGCCAGUUGAGAACAAGUUAUCAUUUACAACUGUGACCUGGCCAAGAUAAAGCAAAGCAGUGUGAUAAAAACAACAACACAGAGUUACGUAUAGGGUAAACAAAACAUAAAGUCAAAAAUACAACAGAAAAUAUAUAUACAGUGUGUGCGAAUGUAGUAAAUUAUGGAGGUAAGACAAUAAAUAGGCCAUAGUGCAAAAUAAUUACAAUUUCGUAUUAACACUGGAAUGAUAGAUGUGCAAAAGAUGAUGUGCAAAUAGAGAUACUGGGGUGCAAAUUAGCAAAAUAAAUAACAGUAUGGGGAUGAGGUAGUUGGAUGGGCUAAUUUCAGAAUGGCUGUGUGCAGGUGCAGUGAUCGGUAAGCUGCUCUGACAACUGACGCUUAAAGUUAGUGAGGGAGAUAAGAGUCUCCAGCUUCAGAGAUUUUUGCAGUUCAUUCCAGUCAUUGGCAGCAGAGAACUGGAAGGAAUGGCAGCCAAAGGAGGUGUUGGCUUUGGGGAUGACCAGUGAGAUAUACCUGCUGGAGCGCAGACUACGGGUGGGUGUUGCUAUGGUGACCAGUGAGCUAAGAUAAGAUGGGGAUUUGCCUAGCAGUGAUUUAUAGAUGACCUGGAGCCAGUGGGUUUGGCGACUAAUAUGUAGUGAGGGCCAGCCAACAAGAGCGUACAGGUCACAAUGGUGGGUAGUAUAUGGGGCUUUGGUGACAAAACGGAUGGCACUGUGAUAGACUACAUCCAAUUUGCUGAGUAGAGUGUUGGAGGCUAUUUUGUAAAUGACAUCGCCGAAGUCAAGAAUCGGUAAGAUAGUCAGUUUUACGAGGGCAUGUUUGGCAGCAUGAGUGAAGGAGGCUUUGUUGCGAAAUAGGAAGCUAAUUCUAGAUCUAACUUUUGAUUGGAGAUGCUUAAUGUGAGUCUGGAAGGAGAGUUUACAGUCUAACCAGACACCUAGGUAUUUGUAGUUGUCCACAUACUCUGGGUCAGACCCGCCGAGAGUAGUGAUUCUAGUCGGGUGGGCGGGUGCAAGCAGCGUUCGGUUGAAGAGCAUGCAUUUAGUUUUACUAGUGUUUAAGAGCAUUUGGAGGCUACGGAAGGAGUGUUGUAUGGCGUUGAAGCUCGUUUGGAGGUUUGUUAACAUAGUGUCCAAUGAAGGGCCAGAUGUAUACAAAAUGGUGUCGUCCGCAUAGAGGUGGAUCUGAGCGUCACCAGCAGAAAGAGCGACAUCAUUGAUAUAUACAGAGAAUAGAGUUGGCCCGAGAAUUGAACCCUGUGGCGCCCCCAUAGAGACUGCCAGAGGUCCAGACAACAGGCCCUCUGAUUUGACACAUUGAACUCUAUCUGAGAAGUAAUUGGUGAACCAGGCGAGGCAGUCAUUUGAGAAACCAAGGCUAUUUAGUCUGCCAAUAAGAAUGCGGUGGUUGACAGAGUCGAAAGCCUUGGCCAGGUCGAUGUUGGCUGCCAUAAAAGAUGAAUGAAAAGGAACAGGUCAAUGUCAGUUGCCACUUUGAUAUACACUCGCCUCUAGCAGCAGGGAUUAUAGGUAGAGUUGACCUUUCAUAGUUUCAUUUGUUUGCUCCAGAUCUGCUCUUUACUGUUUGGGUUAACAAUACAUGGUCCUGGGUGGCCUCAUCCGUCUCUGCCUGUUACCAAAACAAUGAUUGGAUGGGUUUUACCUUCGCUGUAGUGCAGAUAUGGUAAAUCCCUUGUUUGUGCUAGAUCUUUGUUCUUAGAGCUGUUUUGAAGGGAAGGCUAAAGUUGAGUUGUACCGCGUCCCUUGAAGACUUGGUGUAUGAUGAAUGUUUUAGUCUGUAGCUUUGUCCCAGAUUUAUGUAGUCGUUAUACAGUCUUUAUACAAUAUUUGCCUUUCUGCCCUUGUGUCUGCAGAACUCACGCACACCUUCAGAUUGAAUAAAUAUGAAGCUUAAAGUUGCCAGGAAGACCUGCUUUAAAAAGCUUAUGUCAGCUAUGUCUGAGCCAUUCUUCAUUCAGAGCCUGGUCGGGACUGUACUGUUUGUCCUCGCUGCGUUUCCCUACUCACUGACAUAAAUAUCUCUGCCUUUACAGUGGAACCCCUGAAAUGUGAUCUAAAAGUAGGCCCAGAAACAUAUGGGAUUAAUCAUGGGAUCAUUUCUUUGGUCAGUGUAAUUCAUGCUGUUUGCCAUUCUCUGGCAGCCUAAGCUAUGGCACACUGCCCAAGAAGGAGUGUUUGGAUAAGUGUGUGUGUGCGUGCACGUACAGAAGUAGACAUAAGCGUAUGUAUGAACUUUUCAGCAAAAUCUGGCCUCCGUCUACUCUAGGCUGUUUGAAUAAUUGCUGUGAUUUGAGUGAUGGGGUCCACUUUUAGUCAGAUCUCUGUUCUCUUUGAUGGCGUGACUUGAUGGAUGAUUUAGUGACUUUACCUUAACAUUUACAGUCUGAGUAUCAACAGACAGUCUAGGAGCAGACAUGAUCUGCUACUACAGCAUUUUACUGUAUGUUUAAUCGGCUCCUAAUGGAAGUGUGCUGUAGCAUGGGCCUGAUGAAGGGCGUAACGCGUUAGGUCCCUACUGAGUACUGGCACAGUUGAACCCAUUGUGAUAGACACCAGGGGUUUUAUUGAGUUAAAACAUUUCUAUGCUAUGUUUGGCCACACCCAGCUGAAGUGGGCAUGUUUUGUCUGUGUAGAUGUGCACAUGCCUACACUAUGUUAAGAGAUUUCUCUCAACGUACAGUACCAGUGAGAAUUUUGGACACACCUACUUAUUCAAGGGUUUUUCUUUAUUUUUACAAUUUUCUACAUUGUAGAAUAAUAGUGAAGACAUUAAAACUAUGAAAUAACACAUGUAGUAACCAAAAAAGUGUUAAACAAAUGAAAAUAUAUUUAAGAUUUUAGAUUCUUCAAAGUAGCCACCCUUUGCCUUGUUGACACCUUUGCACACUCUUGGCAUUCUCUCAACCAGCUUCAUGAGGAAUGCUUUUCCAACAAUCUUGAUGGAGUUCCCACAUAUACUGAGCACUUGUUGGAUGAUUGUGGACUACAGGAAAAAGAAGAGGGCCGAGCACGCCCCCAUUCUCAUCGAUGGGGCUGUAGUGGAGGAGGUUUAGAGCUUCAAGUUCCUUGGUGUCCACAUCACCAACAAACUAUCAUGUUCCAAGCACACCAAGACAGUCAUGAAGAGGGCACGACAAAACCUAUUCCCCCUCAGGAGACUGAAAAGAUUUGGCAUGGGUCCUCAGAUCCUCAAAAGGUUCUACAGCUGCACCAUCGAGAGCAUCCUGACUGGUUGCAUCACUGCCUGGUAUGGCAACUGCUCGGCCUCUGACCGCAAGGCCUGCCAUCUAGGACCUCUAUACCAGGCGGUGUCAGACGAAGGCCUUAAAAAUUGUCAGUCUCCAGCCACCCUAGUCAUAGACUGUUCUCUCUGCUACCGCACGUCAAGCAGUACCAGAGCGCCAAGUCUAGGUCCAAGACGCUUCUACCCCCAAGCCAUAAGUCUCCUAAACAUCUAAUCAAAUGGCUACCCAGACUAUUUGCACUUUUUUUUAUGCUGCUGCUACUCUCUGUUUAUUAUAGAUGCAUAGUCACUUUAAUAACUCUACCUACAUGUCCAUAUGACCUCAAUUACCUCGACUAACCGGUGCCCCCGCACAUUGACUCAGGGCCGGUACCCCCUGUAUAUAGCCUCGCUAUUGUUAUUUUACUAUUGUUAUUUUACUGCUGCUCUUUAAUUUUUUUUUUUUUUUUAUGGUAUUCUUUCUUAAAACUGCAUUCUUGGUUAAGUAAGCAUUUCACUGUUGUAUUCGGCGCAUGUGACAAAUAAAAUUUGAUUUGAUUUCCUUCACUCUGCAGUCCAACUCAUCCCAAACCAUCCCAAUUGGGUUGAGGUCGGGUGAUUGUGGAGGCCAGGUCAUCUGAUGCAGCACUCCAUCACUCUCCUUCUUGGUCAAAUAGCCCUUACACAGCCUGGAGGUGUGUUUUGGAUCAUUGUCCUGUUGAAAAACAAAUGAUGGUCCCACUAAGCACAAACCAGAUGGGAUGGCGUAUCGGCCAUGCUGGUUAAGUGUGCCUUGAAUUCUAAAUAAAUCACUGACAGUGUCACCAGCAAAGCACCAUCACACCACCUCCUCCAUGCUUCAUGGUGGGAACCACACAUGCAGAGAUCAUACGUUCACCUACUCUGCGUCUCACAAAGACACGGCAGUUGGAACCAAAAAUCUCAAAUUUGGACUCAUCAGACCAAAGGACAGAUUUCUACCGGUCUAAUGUCCAUUGCUCGUGUUUCUUGGCCCAAGCAAAUCUCUUCUUAUUGGUGUCCUUUAGUAGUGGUUUCUUUGCAGAAAUUCGACCAUGAAGGCCUGAUUCACGCAGUCUCCUCUGAACAGCUGAUGUUGAUGUGUCUGUUACUUGAACUCUGUGAAUCAUUUAUUUGGGCUGCAAUCUGAGGUGCAGUUAACUCUAAUUAACUUAUCCUCCGCAGCAGAGGUAACUCUGGGUCUUCCUUUCCUGUGGCGGUCUGAGAGCCUGUUUCAUCAUAGCGCUUGAUGGUGUUUGCAACUGCACUUGAAGAAACUUUCAAAGUUCUUGUAAUGUUCCGUAUUGACUGACCUUCAUGUCUUAAAGUAAAGAUGGACUGUCAUUUCUCUAUGCUUAAUUGAGCUGUUCUUGCCAUAAUAUGGACUUGGUAUUUUACCAAAUAUGGUUAUCUUCUGUAUACCACCCCUACCUUGUCACAACACAACUGAUUGGCUCAAACGCAUUAAGAAGGAAAUAAAUUCCACAAAUGUACUUUUAACAAGGCACACCUGUUAUUUGAAAUGCAUUCUGAAGCUGGUUGAGAGAAGCUGGUUGAGAGAAUGCCAAGACUGCAAAGCUGUCAUCAAGGCAAAGGGUGGCUACUUUGAAGAAUCUCCAAUAUAAAAUAUAUUUUGAUUUGUUUAACACUUUUUUGGCUACUACAUGAUUCCAUAUGUGUUAUUUCAUAGUUUUGAUGUCUUCUCUAUUUUUCUACAAUGUAGAAAAUAGUAAAAAUAUAGAAAAACCCUGGAAUGAGUAGGUGUGUCCAAACCUUUGACUGGUACUGUAUGUUUUCACUCUUAUGUUUUUACUGUUUCACUAUUAAAAUGGACUCUGUUACAUACUACAGGGCAUUUGUAUAAAGUUUGCAAAAGAAUAGUAUGAUGAUGGUAAUAGCAAGAUAAUAACUGUAUGCACGUCUUGCUCUCUCUCUCUACCUCCCUCUUCAUAACUCUAUCUCAUAAUCUUUAUCUUUGUCUAUUCAUCUUUAUCUCUCUCAGGAGCUGCUCCCUCUGGUUUUGUUGUUUGAGUUGCCGGCCAUCGUGCAGCCUGACCCAGGCUCCCCCACAGUGCAGCACAUCUCCCAGACCUACAACCUCACAGUAUCCUUCAAGCCCCCCACACGUCUCUACGGGACCACCGGAGUGGUCCGCGGCUCCCAGAACAACUCUAGUGCCGUCAAGGUGAGGCCUAGCAACACCCCACACAUCUACCCACCAACACACCACAGUACUUACAGAAUAGCAGGGGUUGGGGCUUUGUGGUUAGAGAAGUGGACUGCUGUGACCAGAGGGUUGCUUGGUCAGCUCCCUAGUGGGAAUUACAGUAUUGUUGCUUUUAAAACCAAGCGCUGUUCUCUAACCCAUGAGCAAGUAAAUCUCCCUCCUGAGUAAAUGUCUAAUAUAAGUCGUCUAGAGCGCUCUCUUCCUCUCCCCUUCCUCCACCCUGGGCCUCAGAGCUGCGGCUGGUGCCUAGAGCCUUACUUACCAUUCAAUCCAACAUCCCUGGACCCCCCACCCACCUACCACUGACCCACCCUCACUAUGGCCUUCAGUACAACCCAGCCUAGGGGGAGUUGAGUUAGUGGACUGGUAGAGGGUUCAUUUUGACUUGGGAUGCUGGCCAGAUCGGGUCUGGGGUUUUGGGGGAGUAUGCUAUGUGGUUGGAGACCUUGCUCUGUAAAAGGGGUCUGCCAAAACCACUGUGGAUUGCUGUGCUAGCCUCAGUGGCUGAAGGCUGGAAUUCCAUUGGAAGGCCUUCCAAUUCCUCUAGUGAUUGUUUGCAGAGGCAGAGGAGGCAGGGAAUCUGACAAUUCUGUUGGCUGCCAGGUGAAAUGGAAAAACAGUGGUUUACUUUGGUGUAAACUAUGGUUUAAAUGUUGUUUCACAAGCUCAAAUAAAUAUUGCUCUUGGGAGAAGCAAACAGGGUGGACACUUUUCAUUGGUUUUUCUUCCUGCUCCUCUGCCACAUUUGGAUGUGCAAAAUUAAUCUAAUUUUAGCUGUGUUUUUUCUUUGCGACAGAGGGUAUCUUUAGUAGAAAGUGCUGUCCACACAGUCACUCACUCACCUUCGCUAGCUCCUUUGAGCAUUUGUCCACACACUGUAAGAAAACAAAAUCCUAGUCAAAAUAUUACUAGAUGCUUCAGAUUUAUUGAUUGAAUUGAUAGAUUUGUGAUUUUCUUCUCAUCCCAGAGGGGCACUGCUAUGCUGCUGGAGCACCUGGCGGGAAGCCUGGCCAGUGCCAUCUCAGUCAGUACCCACCUGGACAUCGCCCCUCAGCACCACCUCUUCAUGAUGGGCCGUAACGGCAGCAACAUCAAACACAUCACCCAGAGAACAGGAGCCCAGAUCCACUUCCCCGACCCAAACAGCCCCCAGAAGAAAUCUACUGUCUACAUCCAGGGCACCAUCGAGUCUGUCUGCCUGGCGCGCCAGUACCUCAUGGUAUGUGUCCAUGCAUGGUUUGUAUAGAUUAGAAUAAUUGCCUUGUUUCUGUUGGAAAAUUACCCUGCACAUGGAUUUCUGUUGAUUUAAACCACAGUUUUAUUGUGUUUUGUCUCUGACCAAGGCACUUUAUCAGCUAUGUGGGUUGCAAAUGUGUAAAAUGUUGGUCAUUUAAUUGUCUUUGGGUAAAAACUUUUGCUGAGCAAGACGUCAAAGACAUUACAUUUAAACUUAUUGGCAUCCUGCUUAAACGUUAUGUCAACGUCUGGGUGAAGUGGUGAAACGGAAUCAGGCGCAGGUCACAGAACUGAGAAAAUGAAUGGAUUUACUAAACAAAAGUAAACCAUAACAAACCCUCCACGCAGGGAAGAGCAGAACAACAGCUCACCAAACGACGUAAAACAACGGACAAUCACACACAAACUCAGGAGGGAAAACAGAGGUAAUUAUAGGGACACAAAUAAGCAUAAUGGGUAACAGGUGUGAUUAAUAAAGACAAGACUAGUGUAACACAGAAACAUCGAUCGGUGGCAGCUAGUACUCCGGUGACAACGAACGCCGAAGCCUGCCCGAGCAAGGAGGAGGGGCAGCCUCGGCUGUAUUCGUGACACGUUAACCAUAAUAUAGAGCAGUUAUGCUAGCCAGUGUUGGCGUUCUUUGUCUGUGGCGUCAUUCUUACCCAAAGACUAUUGAAGAAUGUAGAAGUCGUUUUGUAAACAUAACUUUUCUCUGUCUGGAAGUGGGACACACAAGAAGAGGCCCCUUUGGUCUGCCUUGGGAGAACCGAGGCAUUUGACAAGGAGAUGAGCCUCCCCCACAGAGAGCCAUCUUUAGACCAUCUCUCAGACUGUAAAUUACAGCUCCGGCCCCUGCCUGUCACCACCAGCUUGGCCCAAACUGAUUUUAAUUACACGCAAUGGGAAGGCCUCUAUCGCCCAGCUGAAUAUAAAGUAGGAAGGAGUUCGUGGUGGGAUCAUGCAAAACAGGCUGUGUUGGUCAAUUGUUUUGGAAUUUCCCAAGUAAUGUUGUAUUUCAACUGAGCCUUCUCUCAACCCUUUACACUUGUGGGAAUUGGCCUAUAUGGUGGAUAGGGCCAAAUGUAAAUGUUUCAAACAGAAUAAAUAUGAGAAGCAUAUGCAUAACCAUGGUAGCAAUUGAAAGGGGAACACUUUGGAUAUUAAUGGAAAAUUAUUAGACCAAAUGUGAGGAUACAACAUUUCACCUGACACAAGACUGAUUCCAAAUAUUACACUGGAAGACUGAUUCCAAACAUUACACUGGAUUUUUUGUGCAUUUUACAUUUACUGUACUUUUUGUACGCAUUUCUCAAUAAGGAAAUCAGAAAAUACUCUGGAUACAUUUAGUAACAAAAUAAAUAAUAUUGGUGGAAAUUGUGGGGUAGGUGCAACAUAAGAACAAUUUUUUUUAAAGGGUUUGAGUGAGAGGCCUAACUGGUAUCUCCAAGUCACCACAUACCUCUCCAAAGUGUGCGCAAUUUGUUUGCAGUACAGCCCUGCAUCCCCACCAUCACACAAUUACUGUUAUUGUUUAUGCAAUCCAAAAACAUUCCAUAGCAUCAAUGCCUUCCUCUUGCAAGAACUGCUGACACACUCCAGCCACAUGAGGUCUAGCAUUGUCUUGCAUUAGGAGGACGUCGGGCCCUCAUACCACCCUCAUGGAGUCUGUUUCUGACCGUUUGAGCAGACACAUGCACAUUUGUGGCCUGCUGGAGGUCAUUUUGCAGGGCUCUGGCAGUGCUCCUCCUGCUCCUCCUUGCACAAAGGCGGAGGUAGCAGUCCUGCUGCUGGGUUGUUGCCCUCCUACGGCCUCCUCCACUUCUCCUGAUGUACUGGCCUGUCUCCUGGUAGCGCCUCCAUGCUCUGGACACUACGCUGACAGACACAGCAAACCUUCUUGCCACAGCUCGCAUUGAUGUGCCAUCCUGGAUGAGCUGCACUACCUGAGCCACUUGUGUGGGUUGUAGACUCCGUCUCAUGCUACCACUAGAGUGAAAGCACCACCAGCAUUCAAAAGUGACCAAAACAUCAGCCAGGAAGCAUAGGAACUGAGAAGUGGUCUGUGGUCACCACCUGCAAAACCAAUCCUUUAUUGGGGGUGUCUUGCUAAUUGCCUAUAAUUUCCACCUGUUGUCUAUUCCAUUUGCACAACAGCAUGUGAAAUGUAUUGUCAAUCAGUGUUGCUUCCUAAGUGGACAGUUUGAUUUCACAGAAGUGUAAUUGACUUGGAGUUACAUUGUGUUGUUUAAGUGUUCCCUUUAUUUUUUUGAGCAGUGUAAGUCGCAGUCGGGAUCAGGUGGGCAUCAUUUGAAAGCUUAUUAUAUUGCCAACAUGACUAGCUAAGUUAUAAAAUACAAUCUUAGUGUUAGGCUUUCACAAGGCACUUUAGGGAAACGGUUGGUAAUUUUGGUGUGCAUAUUAUGGAUUCAUGAGUGCAUUCAGGUGCAUGUUCCGCAGCUAAUUUUCACAGUACAAUAAACAUAAGCUCAUUCUGUUCAGAACAACCCAGAGUAUGACGCCAUGUCAUCCUUGCAACUGUACAUCAAACAUAGCGAUCACAAAUGUUAAUCCUGUAAAUGACGUGAGUUUCAUCAUAUGGAAAUGUGAAGUGCAGAUUUGGACUCAAGGGUGUGUGGUUUGCUUAUAUGACAUCAAAGCGGUAUUUAUUAUAAUCCUCAAUGUCUCGUCUUUCAGAAAACAUCGAGUCCUCCUUCUCAGACAACAAAAAAAUAUUGCUGUGGGGGCAUCUUCUUGUUGUGCUUGGUGCUCAUGCUUAGAGUGUCUGUCAGUUGAAUCCCAUACAGCGCUGUAAAGUGGAGACCCUGAGCUCUGACAUCAUGUAUAGCAUGUUAAUUACUGUACAGCCACUGCGUUCCAAUUUAGUCGCUUAUCAGUGACCAAAUCUGCUAUUUUCAACCACUAUUUGGGUUGUGGGGCUACUUUAAAUGUCAGGUCAUUUAAAUGUCUGGUCAGGAAAAACUCUGCCCCACAGUGAUAGUUCUGUAACAAGGGUCUGUUUCAUGGGAUGUGAUGUGUGUGUUCCACAGGGCUGCCUGCCGCUGGUGCUGAUGUUUGACAUUAAAGAGGACAUCGAGGUGGAGCCACAGUGUAUCACAGCUCUGAUGGAGCAGCUGGAUGUCUUCAUCAGCAUCAAGCCCAAACCAAAGCAGCCCAGCAAG